UUUCUGCUGCUCGUUGCUUUACCUGCGUGCAUGGACCAUCAAAUCUCUUUCAGUCCGAGCUGCCUGCACCCACGGUUGCAACAUGCUGCAUGAAAUUCGCCUCUUUCACAGCGUCUAGCGGCCAAAAAAAAUGGCUUUCGGUGUUUUGGUGCUCGUUUGUGUUUGCUUCGUGCGCGGAAUUUCUGGCCAAGAGCCAACUGUGAUGCUCAAGCAGGGCGCCGUCAAAGGGUUGACGAGAUACGCCGAAUUCACGAGAACGCCGAUCAACACCUUCUUGGGCAUCCCGUACGUCGAGCCUCCGCUCGGACGCCUGCGUUUUUCCACUCCCGAGAGGGCAAAGAGAUGGAACACAACCCUGGAGGCGUUCGACUUCAAACCAGCGUGCCCGCAAAUUCUCGACCCACCAAGCGACCUUCCCGGGCUAGCGGUUCCCGCAAGCUACAGCGAAGACUGUCUUUACAUCAACGUGUGGGCGCCGAGCGUCACUUCUGGCGGCCUUCGUAAUUACCCCGUGGUCGUGUUGUUUGAGGGCGACGAGUUCGUCAGCGGCUGGCCCGGACGUUUUCCUGCCGAAGAACUCGCCUCCGAGGGUAUCGUCGUCGUCUCUGCUAGCUACAGACUCAACGUCUUUGGAUUCUUCUACCUGGGAAUAAAAGAGGCACGUGGAAACUACGGCUUGCUGGACCAGUACUUCGCCCUGUUGUGGGUGCGAGAAAACGUGGCAGCGUUCGGCGGUGACCCCAGCGCUGUCACCCUCGUGGGCCACGGCGCGGGGGCUGCCAGCGCCCUUUUGCAUGCCGGCUCACCCAGAACCAUUGGGCUUUUCCAUCGGAUAAUCGCAAUGUCGGGUUCUCCCCUAGCGCCGUGGGCUGGUGGCGAGAAAGGCGCCGCGUCCACAAUGGCAGCGUCCAGGGAAAUCGCAAAGUCGCUGGGCUGCUUGAAGCAAAACGUCGGAAUCGCGCUGGCCUGUCUCAGAAAAGUGCCAGCCGACCAACUGCUCCAAGCUUUCCAGACUCUUUACAACGGUGGCAACUGGUCCGAAAUUCCGCUGCCCGUGAGCGACUCUUUCCUGCCGGAGAACGACCGCUACUUGCCGGAAGAGAGCAGAACCGCGCUCACCAAAAUCAGCGUGCCCAUACUCCUUGGCAUCACUUCCAGCGACGGCAUUGCAGCACUUGCGUCGAUUAACGGCUUGUCGCAGAAGGGGUUCCAGGAUCUGCUCAACUUCGCCGAACGAGUCACAAUUCCCGGGCUGAUCACGCAAAUGGGCCUGGAGAAAAAGCAGAGCCUGGUCCGGGAAGUCGUAAGUCACCACUACCUGUCUCGCGCGCGCAGCGGCGACGCCGAGGCGCUGCUCGCGCAAAUCAUCAAGCUUUACUCGGACGCCAUGUAUCACGCUCCGAGCCACGCAACCGCCAACUUGCUGGCCCAGAACUUGAACUCGCAGCCCGUCUACGUGUACCACCUUGGCAAGCUCCCGUCCAUCGAUGGAGCCGAUUUUUUUCACAGAACCGGCAUCAAUUCUUCAGGCGCCUCCUACGGCACAGACCUGAUAAUCCUCAUGGGUCAGAAACUGCUGGCCAAAGUUCUGGGACGGCAGCAUUGGUCAGUGGCGAACGACCGGGUGACCAACGCCGUCCGCCGCUUCUGGCUCAACUUCAUCAGACAAGGAAAUCCAACGCCAAACGCGUACGGCUACAGCACCGCAUGGCCCCGCUACUUGCCGACCGAGGGCAAUUUCUUCAGCAUGGAAAACCAGCAGAUGCGGACAGAGCCGCUGCCCAGCGAGGGUGUCUCCUUGUGGAACAACCUGCUGCCCAAGCUCAACGCUCUGCAUCCGGAAAUAACCACUGAGAAGCAAAUUAUCCAGAUUACACAAGUUGGAAGUAGUGUAGGCUACAAAAGCACCACCUUGGUUUUGGGAGUGCUGUGUCUGGGGCUUGGUGUUCUUCUGGUCGUCACCCUGAUGGUGAUGAAGCGUCGCUACGGACGCUACCGAGACAACGCCGAGGACGCCUUCUGACAUGAGGACCGGGGCGAGGAAAUCCCCGAGCGACCUCCUCCCCCGAUCGAGUCCAACUGGCGCUACAACCUCACCUCCUACAGAUUUUAGUUUUUUAAAGACGAACGGACGCCAAGUGUGAUAGAAAUGGAAAGAAGUGUAAAUAAUUUUUGUAUCUAUUUUAAAUAAUCUUAUUUUGUUACCUGACGAAAUGUCAAAGGCUGGAGGACAAAUUGGCUGAAAUUAAACCAGAAAUUAAAAUUUAUGUAGUAGAUUGUGUGAUAAUACAAGAGUUAAAUACCAAAAUUGAAAGUUUAGCCUUGGUGUAAACUCGACCGGGCGCUGGGAGAUGAAUUCAAAUUCAAAAUUCAAUCACCCCUCAUUUUUUUUUUUAAAUUUUCAACGAUGUGGUCUCAUGUUAUACGCAAUCUACUGGUAAAAACUGAUUUUCGUUGAAUCAAAACAAUUUUGUCUUCCAACCUGUGAAAUUUCGACUCUAUUAUGUAGCUAGUUUUAAUUUAUAAUCAAAUAGUGUGGUAAUAAUGUUCAAAGUUUUUCGUCUAACUUUUUUAAACGUUGUUUUUUAGUGUUAGGAAAUUUGUAAAAUAAAAUGGCCAUACAAUUUGA